UGCUGAGAGGCUUUGAGGACUGCUCCAAGCAGCAACAGAUGCACCCUUUACGUUGUUUUAGCCUGGCCUUUUACGAGGAAAAAAUGCAAGAUUUACGAUACCAUGAGUAACACACCUGUGCAGGACCCCCCGGCCCAGGGAGGGUCGUCUGACAGCGGGCACACUCUACCCUCUCGACCUCUGCUGCCCGUCAAUGAUGCUUCAGCAUCCAAAAGAGUCUGCUUCUACAAAAGCGGGGACUACCAAUUCACUGGGCACCGUAUGAUCAUCACCUCCCGCACCUUCAAGACUUUCGAUGCUCUGUUAGAUGCUCUGUCCAAGAAAGUGCCUCUGCCGUUUGGAGUUAGGACCAUCACCACACCUCGAGGAACUCGCCUUGUCAAAGCUUUGGACGACUUGCAAGACGGGGGAGCCUACGUGUGUUCUGAUCAGAAACGGGUGAAGCCACUGAACCUGGACGAGGUGACUCGGCGGCAGGUUCCUUGGAACACCACCAGAGUGCUAAGUUCAGAGCGACGAAGGCGCCAAGGUCUGCGGUCUGGGCUUCCUGGCAGAGGAAACAAUGACAGCGGCAGACCAGCAAAGGUCACAGAGAGAGCGGCAGUCAGGACACCAAGGAAGCUGGUGGUCAUCAAGAACAAAGAUCCCAGUGUGAAACGGACCAUAGUGCUGCAGAGAAGAACAGCUCCAACAUUUGACACUCUGCUGGAUUACCUGUCCCAGAUCCUGCAGUUUCCGGUCCUGAAGCUCUACUCUACCGAUGGCAGAAGAGUAAGUGACAAACCGAAGGAGCCGGUAGACACGUCAAAGAGGGAGAACUUAACUUCUUCACCUGUUUGAGAUCUCAUAAAUAUUUUUCAGGUUGGGUUGU